AUGCCGGGGUUAUUUACAUCUCUGUGGAAGCGGAGAAGCCCUCCGUCUCAUCAUGGAGAUGCACCCGCACCAUCGUCGUCAAAACCACCUCCCCGUGGUUUACGAAGAUUCUUUCACCGUCUGCGGGCAAAGUUCAAAGGUGAUGAUACACCACCUCCGAAGGAAAAUGGAUCAAGGGCGGCGCCAGUUCAGCAGACGGCCACCGAGACAACUGCUUCAGGUCAUAGACCGACGACUUGCCAAUGUGGUGCGAAGAAUAAGAGAGCAUCGGAUCCCGAUGGCAAGCUGAAGCCUCAUCGACAUAGUCAUAGCAGCAGAUACCCUUCGGUAUCUCUCUACCAAAUGCAGUUGAGGGCGGAACUCAACAAGAUGGCCAAUGUGUCAGUGCCAGAUGAUACAGAUUCCACGUCCGGCCCAUCGUCAAACCAGAUUCUCGAUGGACGGCGAUGGUCAUGUCUGGAAACAAACCUACCUCGCGCUCGUCCACUUGGUCAAGUAUUCCCCUCUUCUUUCAAUAGAACAUCACUCGCCAAAGCUAUGGAAUCAUCCGUGUCAAUAGACGAGCCUGAGUUACUGGAUGAGAGAGAGAAAGCUCUCCGCAUAUUGGAGUCUCGGGAUAGUCCAGUCAACCAUCGCGCUUGCUCCCCGGAUACGGUGCGGCGGCGGAGGCAAUCCUACCGAUUGGCCACUGACCCUCGUAUUGAUCCUCAGCAGUAUUCUGACUUCCGGCACUUCCUGGAACAAGAGAUCGCCACAGAUCUGGCUCUUCGUCAGCAGAUAUGGAAGAGUUUGACGCAGGAUUUGGGAAAUCGGACUAGUUUGCUUGGCCAGCCUGACUACACGACCAAAUUUCCAGAUUCUGAGACGGUUUCUCCUACAGAUAGGAAAGAUAGGAGAAGGUCAUGCUCGAGCAUUGGACAUGGAGCCCGAUGUGAUGGUCAUAGUCAAGGAGUGGAACACCAACACCAACCGAAUCGAAGACAUAGCUUAGGAUGCCCAGCUCAACUCAGACCUGAGAACGCCAAGUCAAAUGUAUGUUCUACCAGUUAUGCGAGCACAUCAGCACCGAGGGACGAUUACGACCACGACCGUCACCAUGACCGCCCCCUAGGUACCGAAACUUACACCAACAACAACAGGAAGAGUUGGAGAAACUCUGCUUCCUAUCGUGAUCUAGAAGAACGCCUGCCAGCCAUUGACACGCUGGGAGAACCAUCUUGCCAGUGUCGACACGGAGGCAAAAGGCAAAGAUGGGCAGACCAGGGCAUUCUUCGACGGCCAUCUCUUGAUAGAAAGCGUGCCUCGACUUCCAGUUUCACACAAGUUGUCUCUCAGUAUAUCAGACCGGAACGACCUACCAGCAUUUACCAAGAGCUUCAUAGAGAGCCACACGGCGGCGAGCAUAGCAAGGUGGAUCCAAAAGAGCAUCAUCACAUUAUCAAUUAG